CCAGUUUGCAAUAUCGGUGUAGUCUUUUAGUGUAGUACAAAAUGUUUGUGGCGAAUUUUUCGGUGCAAGAGCAGCGAGAACUGGCCAGGCAGUUGACGUCCCUCCUGUCAACCUACAGGCACAUAUCGGACUCCUACAUAAUUGAGUUCUUUAGUGAGAGUUUGUGGGAUACUCUUCCUGUGAGCUGGCAGAAAGCCCUCGGUGAUCUUACACCCCCACAGAUCGCUGACCUGCUGCUGGAUAAAGAGACAAAGGACAGGCGAUACCCAUCUGUGUGGCCUCUCUCCUUACUGGCACUGCGAACAGCAGCUCAUGCACUGUCAUUUCCACGUAAAGUGUCAGAUGGACACACUCAGAAUGCAGGUGCGGGUAUGCCAGAGGAGUUUCAGUCUAACCAGAGUCAGAGCUCUUUGUUAGGACACAUUUUCCGUAAACACGUCAAACCCAAGAAGCAGCACGAAAUCUGCAGACUAGGCACGCUGGUUAAAAAGCUUUGUGAUCAGGCUAAAUGUAACCGUGUCGUCGAUGUUGGGUCUGGACAGGGCCAUUUGACACGGUUUUUGUCUUUUGGACUUGGCCUGAAUGUCACUGGAAUUGAGGCUGACUGUAACCUGGUUUCCAUGGCCACCAAAUUUGAUAGACAGCUACUGUUGACACUGGCCAAAGAAAGUCAAAGGUCAGGAAAACCUCAGGGUCUGUAUUCUGCACCUGGUCCUUCUCCUCGCCAUGUGGUGGGCUGGGUCAACCCAAAGGCUUCAUGGGAUUUCUUCAUUCAGCAGCUUGGCAUGCCAGCAAGUGAAUGUGACAGUAAUGGCCCCACCACUGGGCCAAAUGAAAAGAAACAGCGGGUAUCAGUGCCAUCAGAACUAGAGCUGAAACUGGAACAGAAAUCCUGCCGUACUAAUGCUGAGGAGUCAAAAGCUACACUUCAGACUCAGAGGACUUACAUAAACGUUUGUGACUCUAUAGCCCAUAUAAACACUGUGGUUCUUCCAUCAGGACUGGAACCUGAAACUAAUGGCGCCAAUGCACACAAAUUACCUAUUAGCACCAUAAGCUUUAUUGAGUCUGGAGUGAAUUCAUCCACAAUUCUUGAUGUUGGACAUUGUACCAAAGGACCCAGUAGUUCUGAUUUUGUCCUCACAGGGCUUCACGCCUGUGGAGACCUUAGUUCGACACUUCUUCGCCAUUUUGCCAACUGCCCACGUGUUCAGGUCAUCACCUCCGUCGCUUGCUGCUACAUGAAAAUCUCAACCCAGGAGAACCCAAACCCCCCAGGGGUAAUACAACCCCCUUUCUCAGACAUACCAAUAGAGUCCUGUUCAGAAAAUGGCUAUCCAAUGAGUGACUGGGUACAUGGAUUACCAGGGCACCAGUUGUCCUACAAGGCAAGAGAGGGGGCUUGUCAUGCAAUUGAGGACUAUCUCCACAGGCUGAGAGAGGAGAGUGGGCUACUGCGGACACACUGCUACAGAGCUGUCUUAGAAAGCAUCAUUAGAGCGGAGAGGCCUGAUCUGCGCAGACCAGGAGUUCAGACUGUCAAGAAAGCCCACAAACUGUCAUUCACUGAAUAUGCCCGAAUGGCUUUGCCACGGGUUGGCCUGUCUGUUGAUCUCCCCUUUGAUCCUGCCAGUGUGGAUGCAAUGCUGGCACAACAGGGCAGAGUGGUGGUGUACUUCAGCCUAGUUCUGCUGCUUGCACCUGUGGUGGAGACUCUAGUGUUACUGGACAGAAUGAUUUUCCUGCAGGAGCGAGGUUUUCAGAGUAAGCUCAUUCCACUCUUUGAUGCUGCUUUUUCCCCACGGAACCUGGUACUGGUGGCAGUAAAGCCUAAAGCAGCACAGAGUGCUUUAAAAAUUCUUUAAUAGCCCUUUUUGCUACACAAACAAUUGGACAUUUUUGGGAGUUGAAAUUAGGGGUCUAAAUUUUGAAUGGGAUUGGUUUUCCAAAUGAACUCAGUUCUGAGGGUUAUGUUUUCAUCCUGUGUCAUGUUUCAUUUCACAAAGUCUUACUGUCCUAUUUAAAUUUGUUUUUGUCUGACUGGCAGUGGACAGGGAAGGUAUACCUUCCAUUCUUUUGGCAGCUUGCCAGCUCUUAAAAUAAUGAUUUUAGUAUGAAUAUUAAACUUAUUAACCCACAGUUAAUAAGUCCAACAGUUUUGCUUUGAUUUUUCAGAUGUUUCUCUGAGUUACCAAACUGAAAAACUGAGGUUGUUUUAGCUUCUGAUAAAUUGUGUUUUUAUACAUGCUUAGACUAAAGGCUCCUAAUAAAAGGCAAAAGGUUUAGAUUACACGGCCCACUGCAGGCCAGAACCAUGGUUGCCUAUUGUCUUUCACUUCUAUUACUGAAGGUAUA